UCCUUUGACAAGCUGAUGCACAUCCCUGCGGGCCGCAGCGUGUCCCGGGCCUUCCUGCGCACGGAGUACAGUGAGGAGAACAUGCUCUUCUGGCUGGCCUGCGAGGAGCUCAAGGCCGUGGGCAACCAGCACGUGGUGGACGAGAAGGUGCGGCUCAUCUACGAGGACUACGUGUCCAUCCUGUCCCUGAAGAAGGUCAGCCUGGAUUCCCGGGUGCGGGAAGGCAUCAACAGAAAGAUGCAGGAGCCGUCCGCACACACGUUCGACGGCGCGCAGCUGCAGAUCUACACGCUGAUGCACUGGGACUCCUACCCCCGCUUCCUCAGCUCCCCCACCUACCAUGCCCAUCUGCUCCGGGGAGCCCCACGGUCCUCCUCCGAGGCCUAG